ACUCGGUCUACUCCACAAGUGUUCCGUAUCACGGCCCACUGCUGUGUAUACAGGUGGAGACGAAAGAAAACCGUGUAAUGGUGGGAUUUAUAUAUGUGUAUAUACACAGAUCAACUAAGGAAACUCACCAGGAUCCGUGCAGCAGACGUGAAAAGAUCAACUUUGUCCUGAAAGCAGCGUCGCAACUAACGAUGAAUAAUAGAGGCGGAACAGUUUCGAACUGAAAAAUAAUACUUUAGGCAACGUUUGUUUCUUCUUUAAAGAGCAAACUCCAAUGGGACGGACAAUCUAAUGCAAUUUUCUAAGACAGACACGAGGAAAAAGAGGAAAAGGAAUAGGAAGGAAGGCGAGAGAGUAACAGAAUAUGAACCAAGACUGCGAUGGCGCCGACCAUAGCGAGAAUAUCAAGAUGAACAGGACUCAGUGCAAGAGAAGGACAUACGACGCCAUCCAGAUUCAAGACAACGUCAUUCUCAGGAGGAAGUCGAGCAGUUUCUGCGGUUUAGCGCACAAGCACUCUCUCCGGAGCAUCGGAAAUUUUCUCGGCCAGUACUACCUCAACUACGCUCCAGGUGUUAUGAGUGGACUGGAGGUGUCGGAGGGACGAUUAGGUCGCCGUCGUGGUGGCAAAAGGCUAUGCCAAGUUCUACUUAAUCUUUGCAGAACUUUGGUUCUUAUUCUUGUUUACUACACAUGUUCUAUAGAACUCACGUUUUACCAGAAACAAUUAUUUAAGGUUUUCAAGUUCCCGUUAACUGUUGUGAUAGUACACCUUUUUAUGAAAUUUGUAUUAGCUGGACUAUGUCGGCUAACUUAUACUUAUAUAACUGGUAUUCCAAGAGUUUCCCUCACUUGGGAUGUAUACUGGAAGAAGGUAUUACCCCCAGGGGCUGCGGCAGGAAUUGAUAUUGGUCUUUCUCAGUGGUCACUAGAAUUUGUUACAGUAGCGCUGUACACUAUGUCUAAGUCGACAGCUUUGUUAUUCAUCCUUAUUUUUGCUAUUGCCUUUAAAUUAGAAGAAAUGAGAUGGAGUGUUGUUGUAUUGGUUGUUCUCAUUGCUGGUGGGCUCUUCCUUUUCACCUAUAAAUAUACACAGUUCAAUUUAUUUGGAUUCAUACUAGUACUUAUAGCAUCUUCACUGAGUGGUCUUCGAUGGACAUUAUCACAGCUUGUUAUGCAAAAGUCAGAGCUGGGGCUGAGUAAUCCAAUUGACAUGGUUUAUCACAUUCAGCCAUGGAUGACAGUCUCUCUUCUCCCUUUAGCUAUUAUAAUGGAAGGUACUUCAAUAGCAGCAAGUGAAUAUGGAUUCCGAUUUAAAGUUUCCUCAGAGGCAAUGUAUAUGUGGGGCAGGGUAAUGUUUGGAGCUGUUUUGGCAUUUUGUAUGGAGGUUUCCGAGUAUUUGGUAGUCUGUUACACAUCAUCACUAACAUUUUCAAUAUCUGGCGUAGCAAAAGAAAUCAUUACUCUUUCGUUGGCAGUCUACAUAGACGAUGAGCAUCUUUCUAGUGUUAAUAUGGCUGGAUUGGUGUUAUGCAUCAUAGGCAUUACUUUACAUGUUGUCUUGAAGGCAAUUUACCCAACAAAACCUGGGCCUCAGCAGAGCAUGACCUCUCAUCAUAACGAAAACUAUUCCAAAGUACCACUGUUAUCAGAUUCAGAAGAUGAGGAGGAGGAAACUGAGGUGUACUCAAGGUAGUUGAAUGUGUGAGGGAACACUGUGUAAGUUUAUUUGGCCAGUUGUAGCAGUGCUGCAUGUGUGGUAUGAUUUUGUCAUUGGAGUUUCAGUAUGCAGUUGUGGUGAGCUGGUUAAAUUAUGUUGUCAAUUUUAGCAGAUGCAGAAAAUAUUUCUUUGCAUUGUAGGUAUAUAGUAAUAUCAAGCUUCUUAUUUCCUCCUGUAUUCUUUGCCAUCACGGGCAGAUCUCCUUGUAGGAGCUUCUUUAUCUUAUGUUACCAUGUCAGGAAUUAAGAAAUUUAUUUCAGUUAUCACAUGAAAAGGAGAAGUUAGGGUUCUCCAAAAGUAGCUUCAUUCUAAUAUACAGUAUAUUUUAGAGGAGCUUACCUUGUUACAUAGUUGUGUUAUUCUGUACGAAAUUCUUGAAGUCUAUUUUUUUAUAAAAAUAAUUUCCUGAAAAUUGAUAUAUUUAGCCAAGUAUGCUGAAUGAUUAAUAUAUCAGGAUAAGAGGCAUCUAGGAUUUUUUAAUGUGGAGCAUCUUGAGAACAUUUCCUAUUCAAGAAAAAAAUCUUCCAUAAUGUUUUGUGUAAGUAUAUACUAUUUCACUUGACAAGACCAUAAAAUGUUUUGGAACAUUGGACAGAGAAAUCACCUUAUUUAUUUUUCUAGUAAAUUACUUUAUUAUUAAACUGCUGUGUUUUGCAAAGAAGAGGGAUACAAAAUGAAAGUGAUUCACAGAAAUGUUCACCGUUAGCAAAGACUUUCCUGUAUGAGAGUUUUUAUUUAUUCCAUAGUUAUAGAAUCCUGUUAAAAAUAGACCAAGUAUAGAUCAUUACAAAAAGUUUUCUAUCAUAAAGUUUUUCAGGUACAAUAAGAGAAAUAUUUUUUAGAACAAAAUUAGCCAUGUUCCUAGGAGAAAGCAUUCACUAUAUUGGGAUCAUAAAAACAUUUAUGGAAACUUAUUUUUGUUUAAUAUAGAUGGACUUUUAUAUUGAGAUGACACAUUUUUUCCUAUUAACAAAAUGUUUUACCUUCAGAGUAUCACUACACCAUUUUUCCAUGAUCCUUGGUCUUCAAUGAUAUAUGAUAUACAAUAAGGACUUUAUUUUUAUGAAGAGCAUGGUAGCCUUGACAGUAAAGAAUUCAUCCUCAUCCACAACAAGGGUGUUGCACUUGGUCCUUAGCUUUUGUGGUUUUUAACUUCAAACAUCCAUUUGGCAAAUGCAACAGUUGCUUCACAUCCAUCCUCAAACCUAUGACCGCCAAGUUAGUCAUGAUGACUUGGUUGUACAGGGCCUUGCUUACAGAUAACCAGGGUUGUUGAGCAUUAGUCACAACAGUUCACCCACAGAUGCCUAACUUUCUUAAGCUAUAGGUUUGGCUGUCAGGAAUAAGAACAAAAGACUGAUCAACAGUUCUUAAUACCUCUAACCAGAUGACAACCCUGCUUUAAUGGGCAUGCUGGACUCCAGUCUUUUAAGAUGAAAUUCAGUGCAUAGAAUGAAAGAAACACUCCACAGUAACGCUGACCAAGAAGCAAUAGUAAGGUCACAUGAGCUUGAUGUGCCAAUAUCUGCUUAUUGGAGAAUUAAAAAUAUAGUUCGAAGUAUGUAGCAAGUAGGGUCUUGACAAAUAUUAGGGUUAAACUCUAAAAUGGGUGUAAACUUGUAGUUGACUGGCUGUUCUUGUGGACAGUUGUCUGAUCUAUUGUGGGUUUCUGAUAAACUACCAUCCAAUUAUAAUAUGGGUAUGUAAAUUCAAAUUUAGGUUACAAUGGUAAAAAUGUUUCUAAAGUAAAUAUUGGAUCCUAAUUCAGUAUUAUUGUUGUAUUUAUUACUGCUAUACUGAAGAGUAUUUCUAAGUUGAUAAUGAAGGAAAAGCUUGCUGCUUGAUCUAACAUAUUUUUUGCUUUGAUUUGUUGAAUAUAGGUGUAUUCCAUUUUUAGAAGACUGUCAGUCAUUGCCAACUGUAAUCCUUUGUAGUAUUUCAUUAGUAAAAUAAUAAGUUUUUUUGACAUUGACAGUGAAAAAUCAAUAAAAUUAUCCAAAGUAUUGGUUGCAUGUGUCGUUUCAAUUAUAUUUUUUGUAUAAUUACUUGAAGGAUCUCAAUCAUUAUUGAUAAAAUUCAUUUUUUAAAAAAUCUUUAAUAUUUAAUAGGUUAGUAUUCCAUUUUUCUUGGAAAUGCUUGGUAGUACUCAUCAAAUUAUAAAAUUAUCCUUUGCUUUUUAUAAAAUUAUCCUUUGCUUUGAAGUUAAUGUAGCCCUUCGAGCUACAUGUAUAACUGUUCAUUGGUUGUCAGUAAAUGUUAGAUUGAAUACUAAUUUUUGAGUGCAUAAUUUAUAGUACCAGAACACAGGUUAUAUAAUGUGAUCAUCAAUGUACAAUAAUAACUAUAAAAAUCAAAUGAAUUAAGUAGGUUGAUUAUUUUCUGGUAAAAACUUUUUGUUUGUCUUUGUUGUAAUAUGGGUUUGUCAUCAUAGUAAUAAGAUUUAUUUUUGGGGAAGUAUGAUCGUCAUAUUUUGAAGUUGUAUCUCUAUAGAAUUUUUAUAGCAAUAAGUUUAAUAUUGGAUUUUAUGCAUAUAUUUGCAUAUACUAUGUUACUGAUCAUCUUUAACAAUUCAAGGAUGUAGGGCCUCAAAUUUUUAGAGUAAGCAUUCUGAAAUGCUAGUUUAUAUUUCCUUUUAUUGUUGAUGAAUAGAUACAUAAUACCUAUUUGCAGUAGUUUAAAAUUGGUUCAUUGCAUUACAGUCACAUUAAUUCUGUGCAUCCAAUAUCACAGUCAUGCCAUGUUCCCAGGUAAGCCGGUCUGACAUGACAGACAGAAGGUGUUCUCACUACACAUACAUGAAGUAAAACAUCACUUUUCAUGAGCCUGUGGUUCUGUAAUUGGCCUUUUUUAUUCAUUCUCCAGGUGUUUGCUUUGAUGGAGAUCACUAUUCAAGUAUUUUCUUUUGACUUUUUAACCUUGGUGAUUUCUGUAAGGACUACAAAGGAAACUUUGCAAUUAAUAGAUAGUACUUGAAGUCACUAUAGUCAUCUGCUGGAUUGCUGGCUUCCUCAGUGCAACUGUUUGUAUUAGAAAGCUAAGUAAAUCAACAGUUUUAAUUAUGUUUGUUCACUAAAUUGAUCACUGAAUUGGAGGAGCACUUACACAAAACUUUUUUGGUAAUUUACACCUCAUCGAAGUGGCUAAAGUAAAGACUAUGAUGAUUAUUUAUUUUUUUUAUAGUAAGUGCAUGGUAAAUACAAAACAUUGAAAAAUGCAACACUAGCAAGCAAAAUGCAUCAUGCAAGAGCGUUUUUACAGUAGCCUAGCCUACUAAAACUAUGUUCUUGAUGAAGUAUCUACUAUCAUCAAACACAUUAAUUAAAGAGACUUCAUUUGAAAUGGUUAGAUGCACAUUUUUUUAGACCAGUAGCCACAGGGCCAUAAGUAGGGAGAUGGAGCAUCUCCACAUCCCUGGUUCAUGACACUGUCACUAGACGUAGACUUCUUGAGUUAGUGGCCUCUAUGUCUCCUGUUAAUUGUAAUAUCAAAUUAGACUAGAAAGGGGUUGAUGAUAAAUGUACCGCCUUCCCUAAUCUGAGAGACUAUAACUUUGUACUAAAUCUUGCUUAAUGCAAUGUAGGUUUUUAAAUCCAUACAUUGUGCUAUAAGACUUGUUACUUAUACAAUCCCAAGACUGGGAUAUUCAGAAUCAUGUUUCAGUGAUACAGUAGAACCCUGGUCCUCAACUGUAUUAGAACUCGACAUAAUCGGAUUUCGACACAAAAUUUCUAGUAAGUUUUCUGUUGGACUCAAACAAAAAACCAGAAUCUGACCUGAUGAAACAUAUGAUUUUUCAGUGUUUUGUUAUUACAAGUUUUGUGUCUACCCAGUAUAGUACAUAUCUAGCCUAGCCUAUGGUACUUGGUCAACCGUCGGUAAUACAGCCACAUUGGACAUAGGCCAGUUUUAUUUAUACAGUAUACAAUUAAAACAUAAAAUGGGUAUCUUAUACACUGUUAUUUAACUGUGAACUUAUUUCAUUGCAAUUUAAGUGUAACGUUUUGCAUUAAAAGGCGACCCCUGGUAUUCAUGGACUUGCUUAUUCACUGAUUUUUCAAUAUAUAUACUGUAUAUACCCAUUUAUUCAUGGAAAAUUUGCCUAUUUGCGUUAUUUUUCACUGAAAUAUUCACAGACUACUGUAUUAUUAUGUAAUUUUCAUGACUAAAUGCACUUUUGGUAUAAAACUUAAAAUUAAAAAAAACCCGGGUAUAAGCAUUUUUAGUUUUUUUUGUGUUUUAACUAUGAAAAUAGGCAGUUCUAAGUGGUUUUUAGAGGGGUUUUAAGUAUUUGCAGAUUUUAGCUAUUUGCUGCAGGGUUCUGGUACCCAUCCCCGCAAUACGGGGGUCGACUGGGACAUUGGACAUUUGUGUGAACUUCCUUCUCUGCUCGUCAGACGAACAUCUUGAUACUGUGGUAUAGGUUGUAUAAAUAAGAAUGUUUUGAAACUUAUUGGUUGAUUCUUUUUUGAUGAGGUAACAUGAUUGUACACCAGUUGGGUUGAAAUGGUAAAUUUUUCCUUUAUAAAGUAUGCAAUUGUUUAGGCGUAGACUUGAUUCAAAUUUGCCAGAAAAAGUUGUAAUUAGUUUAGUUACGAGGUAUUUGAGUGAAAUACGAAGUUUGUAUAUUUUCAUGUCAUCUAGUCCAUUUUACUUUAGUGAGGGAAAAUUAAGUACUAUACAUAAAAGAACACAGUGCUAGUAACAUUUGCUCAUGAUGAGGUUUUUCAACUCAAUGUGAUGGGCUUGAUGUUUCUUUAUAGAAUAUAAUUUAGGGAUGUUUAAGUCCCCAAAAUGGACAGAAUUUUUUUUGUGCUUAAUUUUUGUUCAUAUGGUUAAUUGUGCCCUAAAGAGUUAAUUAGAAUUCCUUUUAUUUUUCAAUAAUACUGAAGAAUUCGAACUGCAAUGAAGAGACAAAUUUUGACUUUGUAGAACAGCUUUUUUUUUGUAGAACCAUGUUUGGUUGCUUUUGUCUAGAUCCUCAUUUGAGUGUUGUUGGAAUGAAGGUCACUUAUGUGUACUUCUGAUUUAUUUUUCCAAGUUAUAAACUGUUUUCAGUAUUUUGUAUAAUUUUUUUAUGCUUGUGUCAUGUGCAUAGUUGAACGAUUGUAAUGCAAAUAGUGUUUUAAUUAAAUGAUAUUCCUUUAACAGGCUGUUGUAUAAUCUGUAACAGGUCUUGAAUAUGUUGUUUCCCUACUAUUACUUUGAUAUAAGUGAUUGGUGUGCCGGCAAGAGUGAAUAUGUCAUAAUUCGCAUGUGUAAAGGUAAGAAUUAUAUAGUUAUAUCUAGGCCAGACCUGUAGAGAGGUACACAUCUAUGUGUCUCUCAGUUGAAUGUAAGAAUUUCAAGUGCAUAUGCCUGUUUCAGAUAGAUAUCCCUAGGAAGACAAACUAAUGUAGGAAAUUACUGUAAAGUUUGAGAAAAAUAUUCCUUCUUGGGAGUUCACGUCUAAAGUUAGAGUCAAUCCAUAUUACGUUCAUUAUGAGACUCCUGCUUAAUUUUGUGCUCUGGUUGAACUAUUAUUAUUGACACUUUUAACAUUUUGAAAUUCACAGUCUUGCGAUAAAAGUAUUUUGGUUUUCUGACAUCUGUACAUGGAUCUUUUAUUCUGUUUGUGUACUUAUCUGUCUAUUUAAAUCUAUUAGUAUCUUGUCUUUUUCUUCACUUAGAUAUUUGCACUAUGCAUUUUUUAUAAAUAAGUUUUUGCUAAACUAGGAGACGUGAGAAAUAUCUAAAGGUUUGUUUACCUACAUGUUAAUUUCUUUUAUAUACUAUAUGGUAGCCGUCAAAUCAUUUUUCCAAUCACUUUCAUGACAAAGGAAGCGCUUCACUUAUUGCCAUUCAAGUUUCAUCAUAGUCACUGACAGAAUAUUUUUAAGUACGUGAUGCAUUUGUACAUAAAUGCAAUGUAUUUUUGAAUGCAUGUAUAAAUACUGCAAGUACUAUUUUUUCAAGACUAGUCAAGGAAAAGUAUUGCAGAAAAAGGUUUUUGCAGUUUUUUAAUGUUUUUGCUUCCUCAACUUCAGCUUGUUUGUAUCAGUCUUAAAAGCAAUUCAUAUUUUAUAGUUUUUAUAUUGUUAUCAUGCUGCCUACGAAAAGCAAAGGGAUUUCAGAUACUUUUUUUUUUAAUUAUGUCUUCAAUUUGAGUCUUAAUCUAGAUUAUAGUACAUUUGGAGAAUCCUGUUGUUGAGUAACACCCAUCCCUCCCUCUUCCAAAGUUUAGAAUUCUCUUGCUGCCUCUGUUUGACUCCUGCAAUUUUCCUCUCUUUUUAUCUUCCUGUGAUUGGUUAAGUUCUCAUGGAAUCAACAGUGAGGUCACUGAUUUUCUAAGCAGGGUAAUUUAUGUUCAUGCCAAAAAUAUACCACAUUUUGUAACUCAAAGCUCUCUUUCUCUUUUUAGUUAGGACCAUCCUCUCAUAUUCUAAAAAAAAAUUGCAAGUUUUUCUUGUUAAAAUAGACAGAACAGGAUCUUUGUAAAAGUUGUCAGGCAAAGAUUACAAGGACAUUAAUCUUCUGAGUAAAUGUUCAAGUCCUUCCUGAACAUUCUAGGUACUUGCUAUUUUUUAGCAUUGUUCAUUCCAGUUGCCAGAGAAAUUACUAAUUUUGUUGUUAGUGAAAUUUUCAGUCUAACAGAGGUGAGUGACACCAAAUCUCACUUUUAUGAGGUUUAUGUAGUAAUAUGUACUAGUUUUGCAUGCCCUUUGAGGUGAUUAUUUUUUAAUUUCAUUUUAUAACAUACAACAUUGCAUACGUUCAUGGAUUUUUAAAUUUGGUUUUUUUGUUUGUUCAGGUUGUUAUCUCUUCCAGUGCCAAAUUACUGUUACAUCUCAUUCCAUUUCUUGUGGUUUAUUUAAAUCUGGGACCAUUUUUGAAAUACUUUCUUGAAUGAUGGAAGAGGCAGAGGACCAUCCUGCUGUACAUAUAGCAAAUGUCUUCACAUUUAUGAAGAUGAAUAGGAUUUCUUAUUGUACAUUGAAAGAAUUCCUAUCGGUGCUUUAGAGUUGUAUAUUGUAUAAUCAUUUUUAUGUACUUUUUUAUGUAAUUACUGAAGCUGGAGAGUUUAUUAUUUAGUUCCAAUGUAUAAUUUGGGAAAAAUGAAUAAAGGUCAUUGUCUUUUUAAA